UUGUUCUACGAUGCCCGGCUGGCAAAACAUGGUUACGUCGCGUCUCAGGUGGUCGUUUGGGACGAGAUGGCAACAAACGGUAUCAUACAUACCAUCAACGGUCUGCCGGGAAUUCCGACUGAGAAAAUUGAAGACUAUAUUGCCCGAAAUGGUCAAUUCUCAAAGUUUGCGGCCUACCAGUUUGUGCAAAAUCUAACCCUCGGUGCACCGUACACGUUCUGUGCCCCGACCAACACUGCCCUAUUGGCCAUGGAAGGCAGCACCACCGUCGGAUUGGUAUUGCUACAGAACCAGACACGACGAGAAUACAUAUUCCGGCGUCACGCAUUCCCGAUGCAGUUGCUCCUGGAAGAUCUUCAAUUGAAGUCCUAUGAUGUCGCGACUGCAAACUACGCGUUCACUCGGGAAGAGAUUCGACUGACAGUCUCAUCGGCCAACAAUAACAAACGAGGUAUGUGCCCGUCUCGCAUUUUGAUUGAUCUAUCCUCAUUUCGUAAUCCGUCCACAGGUAGUGGAUGA